AAAACCACUCCUUUCAUAAGAACUCGCCGACGGGAUCGAAGGUAGUAAUGGAGCCACUGUUAGGUUUUGAAGAUGCAGCGGCAGCUACUGAUGGUGAGGAGAUUUCUUCCUCGUCUUCAUCAAACGGUUACAAAUUGGUCCCAUGGUUGAGCUGGGACGAGUGGGAGGAUGUCAGAAAAUCACUCUUCUCGACUUCGCCGGACAAGAUUGCCUUUGCUCUUAACAGGAUUUCAACCUGGCGAAGCAGAGGAUGUCUGCCAGUAGUUAUCGAUGUCACUGCUUCAAUCAUUGAAAUUCAGCAGAAAGAUCCAUUUUUUCGAGGUGAGGGACAGAAAGAUGAUUUAUAUUCAGAACAAAUGCUAGCCAUGCUGUAUUGCAUGGCAAUCCUUAGGCUUGUGAACUGUGUUGUUGAGAAGACACGUAAGCAAAGGGAGAUUUCAAUUGCUGAUGCUGCAGAAGCUAUUGGUAUUCCGCGGAUCCUUAUUGAUGUUCGUCAUGAGGGUUCUCACCGUGACCUCCCAGCACUUGUGGUAGUUCGGGAUUCGUCCAUUAUGGCUCUGAAUUGGUUGAAAUCAUAUUACUGGGAGCCUCAGAGGAAGCAAAUCCCAUUUCAAAAGGAUGAAACUUCUAAUAUCAGAAGGGAGAUCAAAUCAAAAGUCCGUGAACUAGCUUUCUGCUUGAAAGUUAACCAAAGUCCUGAACUUCGUUCUUUGCUAGGCAAAGAAAAACGAAGCAGACAUCAUGCACACCAUUGUGGACGUAAUAAAAUUUUCUCAUUUAUGGCUGGCAAGGUCCAUUCAUCCAAAUUAGGAGGUUCUAAGAAACAGAUUAGUAAGACCCUGAAAACUCUUGCAAGUCUAUAUGCUUCAUUCUCCUCAGAAUUAGUAUCUGUAUUGUUGGAAUUCUUGCUAAAGGCUUUAGAUUCCUCAAAUGUGAUGAACCUUCCAAAAGAUUCCCAGGCGUGCCAAGAUCUGCAUACUUUGUUGGAUGAUUGGAAGCUUGUAAUAACAAAGUUUUCAAGCAAGGAACCAGAAUUAAUUCUGGCCCUUCUACAGAGAAUUCUUGAUAUUGUCGGGACUAAGGAGGACACAAAAUAUGGGAUGGGAGAAGACGUCAUGUUGUCUGAAAAUAGAUCAGAGAUUUCCAAUGUAGAGCGCCUUUCUUAUUUGUUUGCAUGGCUUGUUGGAUAUUUGAAGGAAUUAAAACCUCUUAACUCGAAAGACAGUUCUGGAAAAAACCUAUCAAAGGUGUUGAUAGAACUCCUGCGAAAAUCACUCUUAGUGUCAGCUUCAGGUAACAGCCAUAUUAUGCAUUCGGCACUUCAGCUCGUGCAGCUCUUAGGAGACAGCUUUUUGAUGAAGAAACUCAAUAAGCUCUGUUUGUUAAGUUUGUUGGGCACAGAUGUUAGUGAAGGUAGCUCUUUGUUAAUGAGUUACGAGAACCUAAGCCAGGAGGAGGAAUCCAUUUCUCAGGCAUCUAAGAAGCUAGAGUUGAUUAAACUUCAGAGAAUGAGGAAUAAAGCUGAGGAGACAAAGGUUGAAAAUGUGGGAAACCCUCAGAGAUGGGUUGUGGCAAAAUCUUGGAACCCCUGUCCCAUUGGUAUGUUGCCUCGAGUGCUUGGGUCUUCUGGCUAUCUUCCUGUUCUUGACUGUGAUGAUGGCUCUGAAGUUUUGAGAUCAUCAGAAGAGAAGAACUGGGAACUUAACCAAUGUGGCUGCAAGAGGAAAGCUAGUCCUGACAUCCAGGUGUUAGAUAACUCUAGUCCUAAGAAAGCAAGAGAAACAACAGAAGAAAACCAUGAAUCAGAUGGUGGAGAUGUGCCUUCACCUGGCGUUGGGGGCCGUUUAUUAAUAGAUACGGUCUGGAAGCAAGUAAGGGAAGAAGAGCUACAAGCCAGGAAGUCUGCUGUAAGGAUUUUGAUAUAGUCGCCUUCACCUGGUACUGCAUUUUAUUGAAUCUCUUUUUAUUCAGUGUAUUUAUUUAUUUAUUUAUCCUCUUUUUUUUUAAAAUCCAAAUCGUCCAUUUUAACACAUUAUAUACAGGCUUCUUCUAUUAUCAUACAAAACAUUUAGAUGC